CUAGUAAGCUUUAAAAGGUGGACAGGACUGAUUUCGAUGAGUAUAGCCCAAUUCACACACAAGCACUAUGCCACAUUCCCAAGGACCGUUCACUUAUGAGCGCUCAGCCUUUCGGAGACCCGUGUAGCUUAUUGUUGUCUGCGCAUAUUUGACAACCAAUUGAAUUACCACCUGGGUUACCGCACCGCUGGACAUGACCAAUGUGGUAUUAUGGAGGCUAAAUAACAGCAUCUUCAGGUAACUUUCCGGGGCUUUCAAGCAACAUACCUUACAUCCAGCAGCACACUCUGACAAGAUGGGCGUGUUAGCGAGCAUUGACGACAUUGCAUUUCAUUCAAACAUACCCGUGGCAGCAGAUAUAACAGUAGCCAUAGUGUAUGCAGUGUUUGGCAUGUGCUCUCUGUUUAGCAACAGCACACUGCUAUACAUCUCCUACAAAAAGAAGCACCUGCUCAAACCUGCUGAGUUCUUCAUAAUCAACCUGGCCAUCAGCGACAUGAGUCUAACCCUGUCCCUCUACCCCAUGGCCAUCACCUCCAGCAUCUACCAUAGGUGGCUGUUUGGGAAAACAGUGUGUUUGAUCUACGCGUUCUGCGGCAUGUUGUUUGGAGUCUGCAGUCUGACAACUCUCACCCUGUUGAGCAUGGUGUGUUUUGUGAAAGUAUGUUAUCCUCUCUACGGUAACCGGUUCAACGCCGUCCACGGCCGUCUACUGAUAGCCUGUGCUUGGGCUUGGGCCCUGGUGUUCGCCUGCUCCCCUCUGGCCCACUGGGGUGAGUAUGGUCCGGAGCCCUACGGCACAGCCUGCUGCAUCGACUGGCGCCUGUCCAACCUGCAUCCCGUGGCCCGCUCCUACACGGCGGCGCUCUUUGUCUUGUGCUACAUCGUGCCCUGCUGUGUCAUCGUGGCGUCCUACACGGGCAUCCUGAUGACGGUCCGAGCCUCCCAUAAGGCCAUGGAGCAUCACGAGGCCCGGCAGACCAAGAUGAGCAACAUCCAGGAUGUUAUUGUGAAGCUGAGUGUCGCUGUCUGUAUCGGUUUCUUCGCAGCGUGGAGCCCUUAUGCUGUGGUGUCGAUGUGGGCAGCGUUCGGACACAUGGAUAACAUCCCACCUUUGGCGUUCGCCGUGCCUGCCAUGUUUGCUAAGUCCUCCACCAUCUACAACCCCAUUAUCUACCUGCUGCUCAGGCCUAACUUCCGCAGGGUGAUGUACCGAGACCUGGUGAGCCUUUGCAGGGCCUUUCUGAAGGGCUGCCUGUGCUCCUGCUCCCAGGGCGCUGUGGGGAAGUGCCACUCCCACUUGGUGGUCCGGGUCAGCCUCCAAUCGUUCUGUAGACGUCUGGGCCACGGCCAGUCUUGUUCCCCCACCUCAUCCGCCCGCCAAGCCCUGGGCGAGUCCAGAGGUUGCACUAGCCCCGGCGAGAAGUGCAGCGAUGCCUUCGAGUGCUUCAGACACUACCCAAGAGGUUGCCAUGGCGGUACCAACAUCCCCAGCUCCUCAGCCAAAGUUUACGCACCUCAGGAUCAGCUCUCAACAGAGCCCCAGCUGCAGUCGAUGACUCAAAAACAGAUGCGGAAGCAGGAAGCGUGUCAUAAGAAGUCCCUGCGAGCCACCAAGCACAGCAAAAGGACCUCAGAAAUCGACAACCUUCGGAUCAACUUUGAGAUGGUGCCGGGACACGCUAAAGUGGCCUGGCCCUAAAAUGUUAAAUAUUCAUUCUGGUUUUAUAGUUUUUUUUACAUCUCUGGUCUAUAUUUGGCAGUUGAUAUAUAAAUAAAUUCCAUAAUUUAAAACAUGUUUAUCUGUCAAGAUAGACAUUGAC